GGUUUUACUGUAUUGAUUUUGACCUUCCAAAUCUGGUGAUUUCCAUCAAAGAUCCAAGGCCUGUCAAAAGAGAAGAUAAAAAAUGGGGUCAUCGUAGGAUAGCAAUGGAAGAUCCUUUUUCUACCAAGUGGAACGUUGCUUCGUCAUUAAGUAGCGACAGAGCAUACGACUACCUUUUUACUUGCUGGAAGAACAGCUUUAGAUAUUUUACAUCCUCGCCACAAAAUGGGUCAAAUACGGAUAUACAAAAUACAAGUUCUAAACCAGCCCACAAGAAGAACGACAGUAAAUCAGUGAAAACUAAGAAGCAGGAGAGCAAAGCCGCUGCUAUUGACGAGGAUAUUUUUCAAAUGGAUGACUUGGAUCUUCUGACCAAACAAAUGCGCUCUAUGGAUGUUUCUAGCAAUGACUGCGAAGAUGGAGGUUCCUCUCAAAGACAAACCAAAAAGAAAGGUACUAGUUUAAAAAGCAAGGCUCAAGAUGACGCGGAAAUUGAAGUUGAAAUAAGUUGGGGUGGAUCUAAAGAGGACGAUAACAGAAACUCCAAAACUGACUCAGAGGAACAAGCGUGUGGUGUUGCAGACAAAAGUAAAGACAUUGUCUACAGAUUUGAUACCAAGAUUUUCCAAGGAAACAGUAAUCCAGUUAAAACCUGUUGCUUUUGCAAAGAGGAUGGUCAUGUUAAGGAUCAGUGCCCAGAUUUGCAGAAGCCAUCUCUGAUAGCACUGCCGCCAAUGACGCCAAUGUUUGCUAAAGUGUUAGAUUUUGUUUGCCAGACUUGUAGAGCUGAUUUUGAAUUUGAAAAAUCAGAAGUAUCCUACAGAGAGAAGGUGUUAAGGGAUUUGGAAAGCUACAUUAAUGGGCAGUAUCCAGGGUCAAAUACGGAGAUACAAAAUACAAGUUCUAAACCACCCCACAAGAAGAACGACAGUAAAUCAGUGAAAACUAAGAAGCAGGAGAGCAAAGCCGUUGCUGUUGACGAGGAUAUUUUUCAAAUGGAUGACUUGGAUCCUCUGACCAAACAAUUGCGCUCUAUGGAUGUUUCUAGCAAUCACUGCGAAGAUGGAGGUUUCUCUCAAAGGCAAACCAAAAAGAAAGGUUCUAGCUUAAAAAGCAAGGCUCAAGAUGACGCGGAAAUUGAAGGUGAAAUAAGUUUGAGUGGAUCUAAAGAGGAAGAUAACAGAAACUCCAAAACUGACCCAGAGGAACAAGCGUGUGGUGUUGCAGACAAAAGUCAAGACAUUGUUUACAGAUUUGAUACCAAGAUUUUCCAAGGAAACAGUAAACCAGUUAAAACCUGUUGCAUUUGCAAACAGGAUGGUCAUGCCAAGGAUCGGUGCCCACGUUUGCAGAAGCCACCUCUGAUUGCACUACCGCCAAUGACGCCAAUGUUUGCUAAAGUGUUAGAUUUUGUUUGCCAGACUUGUAGAGCUGAUUUUGAAUUUGAAAAAUCAGAAGUAUCCAACCGAGAGAAGGUGUUAAGGAAUUUAGAAAGCUACAUUAAUGGGCAGUAUCCAGAAGCACGACUGUUUUUGUUUGGUUCCUCCAAAAAUGGCUUUGGUUUUCGCCACAGUGACAUUGAUAUUUGCAUGACGCUGGAAGGCCGUGUCAAAGAAGAAGUGGAUUGUGUAGAGGUAAUUCGUAGCCUUGCAAAGCUCCUGAGGAAACACAGAGACUGUGGCAAUGUGCUGGCUAUCACCACAGCAAAAGUUCCCAUUGUGAAGUUCUUCCUUCGCAGUCGUAAACUUGAGGCUGAUAUAAGUUUAUAUAACACACUCGCAUUGGAGAACACAAAGAUGCUUGCUACUUACGCUAAACUGGAUGAUCGUGUGGCAACUCUGGGUUAUACUGUUAAGGUCUUUGCCAAGGUAUUUAUUCCUGUCGAAGAAAACGAAAGCCUUCUUCACUUGCGCACGACUUGCUUUGCAGACCCUUUCAAUCUGGACCACAACUUGAGCGCGGGCGUGACAAAGAGGAUGGCGAACUAUAUUCUGACCACGUUUAUCAGAGGACGUGAACGCUUUGGAAUUCCACGAUGUGAUAUACCAAAAGAGUUCUUGCAGCGGUACUUCUUUGAUGUUUACUAUCUUACAGAUGGCUUUGAAGCUCCAAGUGAAAGGAAUUGUCGCGUGUGUGGUAAAAUAGGCCAUAUUGCAAAAGAUUGUCCUCUCUCUAAGGCCAACCGACGUGCAGAGCAAAGGAAGGAACAGGAGGAAAGGAAAUCGGGAAAAGAAACAGGCGAGAAAAUGAACGUGAAACAGAUGCCCUUUGGUGCAGGCUCCGUACGUCCAAGAUCUGCUUCUGCAACAGGCAAAGAGGGACAAAACAAGAAUGUUGACGACAGUAUACAUCUGCCAUCGACAUCAUCUCGCAAAGGUGCUAACGCUUCGGAUGUAACAUCUCUCUUAAAAUCUCAACCAGAUUCACAAGAUCUUUCGUCUCCAAAGGAGAGCAGGAGCAUCGAGUCGAGAGGAGUCGCUGAUAAACUAUCUGAAAUACCAACUAUGAAAACACCUGACGAUACUCUUCUGCAGGGCUCUCUAAGUGUGCAUUCAGUUACUAAAGAGACUUUGGUGGAAUCAAAAGAGGGCAUAUCCCAACCCAUACAGACAAGCCACAUCUCGGAUGUUAAGAAUGAGAAGGGUGAUGAAGAAAUAAAUGUAGAUGACUCAGCAGGCAUCAUACCACCUGCGGUUUUACCUGGGUCAAAGGACGAGGGUGUCAGUAAUACAGCAACAUCAAGAGUACGUACUUCUUCAUCAGUACAAUCCAGUCACUCUGGAGAAAUGGAACCACCUCCCGGCUUUCACAACCUAGGCGGGAUGUCUCAGGUGUCUGGUGAAGUAUCCCCACAGCUUUUACCUGAUGGUCUCCCACAGUCUCCCUCUGUAAAUGGAUCAUCACCCAUUAUCUUACAAGGUCAGACUAUUGUUAUGGGCACUCCACCACGGCAUCCAGUAAGCAUGUUCCACCCCGAAAUUGCUCCGUUUUUAGUUUCUCCUGCUCGACAUGACAUGUGGCUGAGGCAACAGGGUGGGAUCAUGCAGUUUCCCCAUACUGCACCUGUGAGGCAACUUGUUCCUUAUCCUUUGUCACCUGAAGUUCAAAGGGUUCAACAGCCAAAGCAACAGUGGAGUGGUCCUGCAGAAAACUUUCCAGUGGAUCAUCCCGCCUCCGCUCACCGUGGAUUCCAUCGCCUUUUGGAGCACAACCAGCGCAUGCUUCCCCACAGCCCCCCAAAUAUUUCAAGAUUUGCUAAUUGGCCUUUGGGACCAGACAGCCCACCCCCUAAUGCGACCAGCUACGAAGACCCAGCAAUAUUAAGAGGGCAGCAGUUUGCUUCGCAUCCAGUGAGGCAUCCUCCUUUUCCUGAAGGCAUUUCUCCCACUCUCACACCACGCCAGACCCAGUUUCCUCCUGGCACCCCUCCACAAUACCCUCAAUUUCUGCCUGGUACUUCUCCACAGCAAACCCCCUUCCCUGUUGGUUCUCCUCAACAGACUCAAUUUCUUCCUGGAACUCCUCCAAAGCGAACCCAUGUUCCUGUUGGUUCUCCUACACAGCAGACUCAAUUUCUUCCUGGAACUCCUCCACAGCGAACCCAUGUUCCUGUUGGUUCUCCUCCACAACACCCUCAAUUUCUGCCUGGAUGGAAUUGCUGGUUUCUGAGUGACGAGAAGAAAAUUAGAAGUGCCUGGAAUCCAAAGGAAAGGAACAGUUUCAGUGUGGGUCUCUUGUGGUAUGGCUUUUUAAGAUAUUAUACCGAAGAGUUUGACUUCAAGCAUGACGUGGUUUGUUGCAGAAGGACAGAAAAGCUGACCAAAUUAGAAAAAAUGUGGACCAAACACGUGUUUGCAAUUGAGGACCCUUUCAAUCUGGACCACAACUUGGGCGCAGGCGUGACAGGGAAUAUGGCGAACUAUAUUCAGACCACGUUUAUCAGAGGACGUGAACGCUUUGGAGUUCCACGAUGUGAUAUACCAAAAGAGUUCUUGCAAGGGUACUUCUUUGAUCUUACAGAUGGCCUUGAAGUUCCAAGUGACAGGAAUUGUCGCGUGUGUGGUAAAAUAGGCCAUAUUGCAAAAGAUUGUCCUCUCUCUAAGGCCAACCGACGUGCAGAGCAAAGGAAGGAACAGGAGGAAAGGAAAUCGGGGAAAGAAACAGGCGAGAAAAUGAACGUGAAACAGAUGCUCUUUGGUGCAGGCUCCGUACGUCCAAGAUCUGCUUCUGCAACAGGCAAAGAGGGACAAAACAAGAAUGUUGACGACAGUAUGCAUCUGCCAUCGACAUCAUCUCGCCAAGGUGCUAACGCUUCGGAUGUAACAUCUCUCUUAAAAUCUCAACCAGAUUCACAAGAUCUUUCGUCUCCUCCAAAGGAGAGCAGGAGCAUCGAGUCGAGAGGAGUCGCUGAUAAACUAUCUGAAAUACCAACUAUGAAAACACCUGACGAUACUCUUCUGCAGGGCUCUCUAAGUGUGCAUUCAGUUACUAAAGAGACUUUGGUGGAAUCAAAAGAGGGCAUAUCCCAACCCAUACAGACAAGCCACAUCUCGGAUGUUAAGAAUGAGAAGGGUGAUGAAGAAAUAAAUGUAGAUGACUCAGCAGGCAUCAUACCACCUGCGGUUUUACCUGGGUCAAAGGACGAGGGUGUCAGUAAUACAGCAACAUCAAGAGUACGUACUUCUUCAUCAGUACAAUCCAGUCACUCUGGAGAAAUGGAACCACCUCCCGGCUUUCACAACCUAGGCGGGAUGUCUCAGGUGUCUGGUGAAGUAUCCCCACAGCUUUUACCUGAUGGUCUCCCACAGUCUCCCUCUGUAAAUGGAUCAUCACCCAUUAUCUUACAAGGUCAGACUAUUGUUAUGGGCACUCCACCACGGCAUCCAGUAAGCAUGUUCCACCCCGAAAUUGCUCCGUUUUUAGUUUCUCCUGCUCGACAUGACAUGUGGCUGAGGCAACAGGGUGGGAUCAUGCAGUUUCCCCAUACUGCACCUGUGAGGCAACUUGUUCCUUAUCCUUUGUCACCUGAAGUUCAAAGGGUUCAACAGCCAAAGCAACAGUGGAGUGGUCCUGCAGAAAACUUUCCAGUGGAUCAUCCCGCCUCCGCUCACCGUGGAUUCCAUCGCCUUUUGGAGCACAACCAGCGCAUGCUUCCCCACAGCCCCCCAAAUAUUUCAAGAUUUGCUAAUUGGCCUUUGGGACCAGACAGCCCACCCCCUAAUGCGACCAGCUACGAAGACCCAGCAAUAUUAAGAGGGCAGCAGUUUGCUUCGCAUCCAGUGAGGCAUCCUCCUUUUCCUGAAGGCAUUUCUCCCACUCUCACACCACGCCAGACCCAGUUUCCUCCUGGCACCCCUCCACAAUACCCUCAAUUUCUGCCUGGUACUUCUCCACAGCAAACCCCCUUCCCUGUUGGUUCUCCUCAACAGACUCAAUUUCUUCCUGGAACUCCUCCAAAGCGAACCCAUGUUCCUGUUGGUUCUCCUACACAGCAGACUCAAUUUCUUCCUGGAACUCCUCCACAGCGAACCCAUGUUCCUGUUGGUUCUCCUCCACAACACCCUCAAUUUCUGCCUGGUACUCCUCCACAGCAAACCCAUAUUCCUGUUGGUUCUCCUCCACAACAGACUCAAUUUCUUCCUGGCACUCCUGCACAGCAAACCCAUGUUCCUGUUGGUUCUCCUUCACAACAGACUCAAUUUGGUCCUGGCAAUCCUCCACAGCAAACCCCCUUACUUGUACGUUCUCGUACACAACAGACUCAAUUUCGUCCUGGCAAUCCUCCACAGCAAACCCCCUUACCUGUUAGUUCUCCUCCACGACAGACUCAAUUUCAUCAUGGUGUCUCUUCACGGUCCCCUGUUGCCCCAGGACAGAGUAUGCCACAGCCACAAGGAAACAGUUUCCAGCAUACCAUCGGAACACACAUGACAGGAGAACAGUUUAUCAGCCUCUUCCGGGCUGCUGAAGAAGAGGUAAAGAAAGAAGACAUUGCCCCAACGAAUCCCCCUCCAAAUGAUGAGUUUGAGUCUAAGGACCUGCACAUUGCUCCAAAGAAUUUGAAAGCUGCUAAGACACCAGAAGAACACCAGUUGUUAUCCAAGCUGAGCAAAGUGAAGAGCCUAUGGGAAGGCAACGCUACAGCUGAAUUGCAAAGCAGUUGCUCAGCUCCAGUGCCUGUAAAGGAAUUGAAUCCCAGUGGGCACACUGAAGUUCAAGAAUCAGAUGAUGCGAUUGCUUCCUUCCAAGACACCGAGGUAACAGUAAAAGAGGAAACAUGUACAACUGUUACCGAGAAUUUGAUUAGAAAAAAGGAUGAAGGAAUGAUGGUGGAUAAAGUUGAUAGUACAGAAAGUGUUUCUGAAAAGCCCAAUGGAACGGCUUCGUCGACCCAAGGGCACAAUAAAGUGGCCUCCAGAAGGGUGAGCACAGAGGAGCAACAUUUAUCUAACCGGGAGGUUACUUUGAAAGGUAAAUCGGAGGCAAAUGCGACUGCAGUAGACAAAGGUGAGCGAAAGAGAGCUGAGGAACAAGAAGAACCCAUUGAAACUUCCGCUACGCAGGCAGAUGCCCCCAGGAAGAAGAACGCUAGAAGUGGCGGUCGUGCAAGAAAGGCCAAGACGCAAAGGCAAAACGAAGUUAUUGAGAGUCCUCCAAACAAGCAGGAGAAAACCGGGGAUGGUGGCAGAGAAGAAACAAAGAAUACUCAGGUGCAAAAUCAACGUCAGAAGAAUCGCGUCGAUUUCAAAGUUGAUGCUUCAAAGGAUUCUCCUUCGUAUUCUCCCAAAAGACCUGGAUCUGAACGCGCCGAAGAAAAACCGAGUGGAUCCUCUAGAGAAGGUCCUUGCCACGGUGCCGAGUCAAGUAAAAAUUCUACUCCCAAAAAGCUUGGAUAUGAACGCUCCAAAGUAAAACCGACUGACUAUUCAAGAGACCCUUUUGGCCAAAGCGCUGAUUCAAAUCAAAUUUCUACGCCUAAAAGGCCGAGAUCUGAACGUCCCGAAGAAAAACCGAGUGAAUUUUCUAGGGACCUCCCUCGCCGUGAUGCCGGGUCAAAUAAGAACACUAGGCCUGGAUCUGAACGCUCCGAAGCAAAAUCGAAUAAAUCUUCAAAAGUCGAUUCUCGCCGUGGUGCUGAGCCAACUCAAGUGGCAACACCCCAAAAGCCUAGAUCCGAGCGUUCUGAAGAAAGACUGAGUCAAUCCCCCGGGGACGAUCCUCGCCGGGAUGCCGAGUCCACACUGUCUUCGAAUAAACACAAAGUGUCAUCUUCAAGUAAGAAAGAGCCUGGAAAGAGAGCACCACAGGAAACCAAGAAAGGCCCUGAAAAGAGA